AGAAGUAAGAAAAUGCUGGGAUCAGAACGAGGUGUCGUGGAAGAAUGGCUGUCAGAAUUCAAGGCAUUACCUGAAACACAAAUUUCCAGCUAUGCAGCUACAUUGCACCGAAAAAAGCCACUGGUACCAGCUCUUUAUAAGGUCAUUCAAGACCCAAAUAAUGAGCUUCUGGAGCCUGUUUGCCACCAACUCUUUGAACUUUAUCGUGGUUCUGAAGUUCGACUCAAGAGAUUCACACUGCAGUUUUUGCCGGAGUUGAUCUGGGUGUAUCUGCGUCUUACUGCCAGCAGGGAUAGGCAGAGCAAUGGUUGCAUUGAAGCAUUGCUGCUUGGCAUUUACAACUUGGAAAUUGCUGACAAAGAUGGAAACAACAAAGUUUUAUCUUUCACCAUCCCUUCGUUAUCUAAACCCUCAAUAUAUCAUGAGCCCUCUACUAUUGGAUCCAUGGCUUUAACUGAAGGAGCUCUAUGUCAGCAUGAUCUCAUCAGGGUAGUUUACAGUGAUCUUCAUCCUCAGAGAGAAACCUUCACAGCACAGAACCGGUUUGAGGUGCUGAGCUUUCUUAUGCUGUGCUACAAUUCUGCUAUUGUCUACAUGCCUGCCUCUUCUUAUCAGUCACUUUGUAGGAUGGGUUCCAGGCUAUGCGUGAGUGGAUUUCCACGGCAGCAUGAGAAACGCUGGAGAGAACACUGUGGCAGGGUGGUGUUAGACCCUGACUUCAUGGUGCAGCUGCUCACAGGUGUCUAUUACACCAUAUAUAAUGGUCAGUGGGAUCUUGGCCAGGAGGUAUUGGAGGACAUAAUUUACAGAGCACAGCUUGAACUCUACUCACAGCCUCUGCUGGUUGCAAAUGCCAUGAAGAACUCGCUGCCCUUUGAUGCUCCUGAUUCAUCGCAGGAAGGCCAGAAGGUACUGAAGGUAGAAGUUACUCCAACAGUGCCGAGGAUUUCUCGGACUGCUAUUACAACAGCUUCUAUCCGCCGUCAUCGCUGGAGGAGAGAAGAUACUGAAGGUGUAAAUGGAGGAGAAGAAUCUGUGAACCUUAAUGAUGCUGAUGAAGGAUUUUCAUCAGGAGCUUCCCUCAGCAGCCAGCCAAUUGGGACCAAACCUCUAUCAUCUGUAUCCCAGAAGGGCAGCUUCAGGAAAACAGCAAGUGGGCGUUCUGCUAAGGAUAAAGAAACCUCUCCUGCAGCAAAAUCCAACGAGAGCCCUCGAGAUUCAGUAGCUCGGAAGCAGUACGUGCACCAAUCCACUGACCUUGGUGCAGAUACAAUUGAGAUGACACCUACUAAGAAACACCUGAGCCUGCCUGCUGGGCCAGUGGUGCCAAAAGCCAACAGUUUAGGCCUGAUCAGGACCGCCAGUGCUUCCUCCAGUAAAUCGUUUGACUAUGUGAAUGGUAGUCAAGCAGGCUCCAGUGUUGGAGCUGCUACAGAGGGUGUUACCAAUCUAGCAGCUGGCAACACCAAUCGGUUUUCAACUAUCAGCCUACAGGACGACCGACUAGGCCAAGCUGGGGAAGGUAAAGAUCUCCUUCCCCCAGUAGCUCCCCUAACCAAGCAGUCUCGAUCUCCAAGUUUCAAUAUGCAGCUGAUAUCCCAGGUGUAACUCUGGCUCCCUUCCUUAGGACUCCCUUUUUCCCCUUAAUCCCCUGGCAAGUUCAUCCUUAGGCAAAACAUGAACCAUCGUCCCACGGUGUGAAAAUACUGACUGUUGUGAUCUUGUUUGAUUUGGUUUAGCUACCAUACUGUAUUACUGAUACAGCAAUAAUUCUUACCUCACCUUCAUCCUCCCCCCCACCUUGUACACAUGGUUGUGGAGCAGUAUAUAACGUACUGUAUGCCUUUUUCCAUGCCUUCCUUCCUCCUUGGGUGAUGUGCAAUCCAUCGUAGGCUGAUCAGUCCCAUUUCAACACUGUGAGACUGAAGACAUCGGCGGAAAUGGUGAAUGUGAUCCCUAUGAGAUGAUGCUUUGGCUUUGCUAAGAAAUAGAAACGGGUUUGUUUUCUCGGUCUACAGUACUGCAAAGACUACUGGAUCAUGACUUUUCUUUCUCAGAACCAGGAGUGCCUCAGAGAUUCUAGUGUGACUUUGGACCUCUCUGAGUCUGUGCAAUCAGUUCUGGGGAGGGGAUUGUCAUUGCUGCUCCUGGCUGCCUACAGCACUUUUUUCAUUGAAAUAAGGGUAGUUUUUUCUUGCC